CAUGCCGAAUAAACCAACCCUGGUUGUUAAACAACACAUUCAAGCCUUCUCUAGGGGUAUAUCGAUUUUAGCGUCCCUAGGAAAUUAUAUUCAUAUGGAAUUAAAAGCUACAGAGGCAGUAAAAGCCGCGUUCAAGUUUAGUAAAUAUACUAAUACAAGAUUAGAGAUGAACUUCGAAGAUGACACUCGUUUAAAAAUUAGGGCAUUUAAUCAAUCGAAAGGAGAUGAUAAUGUGCCAGAAUCGAUACGAAAUACUCAUGUGAAUUCAGUAAACGCUGAUCUUCUUAAACCUGACUUUGAUUUCAACGAAGCCAAUCAACUAACUCUUUGUCAAGGCCAAGUUCUCUCAGAUGUUUUAGAAAUUUUUGAUAAAGUUAACGAUUUAGCUUUGGUUAUGAAUAAUGAUGGCUUAGUUAUAGCUAAUUACGCUAUUUCACCGAAUAUUCCUAUAAAUUCUCGUUUUAGCUCAAUUAGAUCGAAGAGCCAUAUAAAUAUUAAUGACUUUACCACUUACGUGAAAAGAAACAAUAAAGCAAUUUGCUUCCCAGCAGUAUUUCUUAAGAAAUUUGUCAAAUACUGCAUAAGCUGGUCUAUCAGUCUCUUUUAUAAUUCUAUCAGUGGAAACCCGCUCUAUGUUAAGGCUAACCCUGAAAUUCCGAUGCAAGCUGAAAUGUACAUAAGCGCUAAAUGCUCCUCAACUGAUGCGGCAAAUGAAACGGAAGCUCCGACGUCUAUAGGAGAUCAAACGAUGGUAGCCCUGAAUGCAGACAUGACCGUAAUGGGAGAAAGAAUCCCUACUACAACAACUGUUAAUGAAGAAUUGGAACGCAGAAAACGUUACCAUGUAUCUGACACGAGUAGCGAAGAAGAUUUUUCCGAUGAAGAUGAGUCAAGAGUUUCAAUAUUACGAAAGAUUAGAAGAAGAGAACAAAGAUUUAGUAAAAAAGUUCCUAUUCAACAUACCCAAUAA